CGCCUCGCCGCCAUUUUGUGCGGCCGCCGGGAGGGCGGGCGGUCGUUUCCGGGUUGGAGGGCCCUGAGGAGAGUCGAGGCUGCGGGUUUUUAUGAGUGACCAAAAAUUCUCUUUACACUGAGCCAGCAGGGAGUGGGGUGAAGAUGCCGAUACCUCCUCCCCCUCCGCCUCCACCGGGACCACCCCCACCCCCCACUUUCAAUCAGGCGAACACCGAGCCUCCGAAACUGAGCCGGGAUGAGCAGCGGGGGAGGGGAGCCCUGCUGCAAGACAUCUGCAAAGGGGCCAAGUUGAAAAAAGUGGCCCAAGUGAACGACCGGAGCGCCCCCGUCAUAGAGAAAUCCAAGGGGUGUGGUGGCGGCGGCAGCUACGGUUCCAGUGCAUCUCCCCUGCAACCAAAGGGGGGUCUUUUCCAAGGUGGCGUCCCCAAGCUUCGGCCAGUAGGAGCAAAGGACAAUUCUGUUUUGGACAGCCCCUCUGGGAAACAGUCCUUGCACGUCCCCGGGUCCAGAGCCGCUGCCCCCAGGCCCCCCGGGUCCACCUCCAGCAGCCGUCACCAAGAUGACAGCGACAGCAGCCGGGCUUCCCCUCCAGAGCUUCCUCGGAUGCAGAGACCUUCCUUGCCAGAUCUCUCACGGCCAAACAGUGCCAGCGGCACCGGCAUGAAACACAGUUCGUCGGCCCCACCGCCUCCGCCGCCGGGACGCCGCGCCAACGCCCCCCCUGCUCCCCCUUCCAUGCACAGCAGCAAAGCACCUUCCUACAAUCGCGAGAAGCCGUUGCCUCCAACCCCAGGACAGCGGCACCCGGGGAGCCGAGAUGGACCUCCAGCUCCUCCGCCCAUCAAGCCACCCCCUUCCCCGAUAAACGUCCGGACGGGACCCAGCAGCCAGGGCCAGUCUCUGGCACCACCUCCUCCACCUUACCGGCAGCCCCCUGGCGUUCCCAACGGCCCUGCCAGCCCCACCAACGAAUCUGCCCCCGAACUUCCACAGAGACACAAUUCCUUGCAUAGGAAGACACCGGGGCCUGUGAGGGGCAUGGCUCCACCCCCUCCCCCUUCGGCCUCCCCUUCUUUGCAAAGCAGCCGGCCUCCGCCUCCUGCCCGUGACCCUCCAAGCCGAGGUGCAGCCCCUCUGCCACCGCCACCCAUCAUCCGGAAUGGCGGAAGAGAUGCGCCUCCCCCUCCCCCGCCCUACAGAAUGCAUGGGUGUUCAGAUCCCACGAGCCGCGGGAAACCGCCCCCACCGCCCACCAGAACGCCAGUUGGGCCCCCACCUCCACCCCCACCAAUGAGAAAUGGGCACCGGGACUCCAUCUCCACCGUCAGGUCUUUCUUAGACGACUUUGAAUCCAAAUAUUCCUUCCAUCCAGUCGAAGAUUUCCCAGCCCCGGAAGAGUUCAAGCACUUCCAGAGGAUUUAUCCCAGCAAAACAAACAGAGCGACUCGUGGGGCCCCGCCUCUGCCUCCCAUCCCCAGGUGAAAAGCAGCAGCUGGGCAUCGUUGCACGGUGCCAAAACAAAUGGACCUGUUUU